AUGGCCGCGAGGGUGGCCCACCCGCAGGACCCUCACCACCCCUCCGAGAAGCCCGCCAUUCACUGCCAUAAAUGUGGGGAGCCGUGCAAGGGCGAGGUGCUCCGGGUCCAGACCAAGCACUUCCACAUCAAAUGCUUCACCUGCAAAGUGUGCGGCUGUGACCUGGCCCAAGGUGGCUUCUUCAUAAAGAACGGGGAGUAUCUCUGCACGCUGGACUACCAGAGGAUGUAUGGGACACGCUGCCACGGCUGUGGGGAGUUCGUGGAAGGAGAGGUGGUGACUGCCCUGGGCAAGACCUACCAUCCCAACUGCUUCGCGUGUACCAUCUGCAAGCGCCCGUUUCCACCCGGGGACCGCGUCACAUUCAACGGGAGAGACUGCCUCUGCCAGCUCUGUGCCCAGCCGAUGUCGUCCAGCCCUAAGGAAGCCUCCUGCUCCGGCAACUGUGCCGGCUGCGGAAGGGACAUCAAGAACGGGCAGGCGCUGCUGGCGCUGGAAAAGCAGUGGCACUUGGGCUGCUUUAAAUGCAAGGCCUGCGGGAAGGUCCUCACCGGCGAGUACAUCAGCAAAGACGGCGCUCCGUACUGCGAGAAGGACUACCAGGGCCUCUUCGGGGUGAAGUGUGAAGCCUGCCACCAGUUCAUCACCGGCAAAGUCCUGGAGGCAGGUGACAAGCAUUACCACCCCAGCUGUGCACGAUGCAGCAGAUGCAACCAGAUGUUCACAGAAGGAGAGGAAAUGUAUCUUCAAGGUUCUACCGUUUGGCAUCCCGACUGUAAGCAGUCUACCAAGACGGAGGAAAAGCUGCGGCCCGCCAGGACCUCCUCCGAGAGCAUCUAUUCCAGGCCGGGCUCCAGCAUCGCCGGCUCCCCGGGCCACACCAUCUACGCGAGAGUGGACAACGAAAUCCUGGAUUACAAGGACUUAGCAGCCAUUCCCAAGGUCAAGGCAAUUUAUGAUAUUGAGCGUCCAGAUCUCAUUACCUAUGAGCCCUUCUACACAUCCGGCUAUGAUGACAAGCAGGAGAGACAGAGCCAGGGGGAGUCUCCGAGGACUCUGUCUCCCACUCCCUCCGCAGAAGGGUACCAGGACGCGCGGGACCGCAUGAUGCACCGGUCCACCAGCCAGGGCUCCAUCAACUCCCCUGUGUACAGCCGCCACAGCUACACUCCCACCACAUCCCGCUCCCCGCAGCAUUUCCACAGACCCGGCAACGAGCCGUCCAGCGGCCGGAACUCCCCUCUCCCCCACCGGCCCGACAGCCGCCCUCUCACUCCAACUUACGCUCAGGCCCCUAAACAUUUCCAUGUUCCAGAUCAAGGAGUCAACAUCUACCGAAAACCGCCCAUCUACAAGCAACAUGCUGCCUUGGCAGCCCAGAGCAAGUCUGCAGACGACAUCAUCAAGUUUUCCAAGUUCCCAGCAGCGCAGGCGCCAGACCCCAGCGAGAUCCCAAAGAUUGAGACGGACCAUUGGCCUGGUCCCCCCUCACUUGCCGCCGUAGGAGCUGACAUGAGACGCAGAUCUAGCGGCAGAGAGGAAGACGACGAGGAACUCCUGAGACGCCGGCAGCUUCAGGAAGAGCAGCUCAUGAAGCUCAACUCGGGCCUGGGGCAGCUGAUCCUGAAGGAAGAGAUGGAGAGGGAGCGGGAGAGCCGGGAGAGGGCAGCCCUGGCAGCCAGUCGCUAUGAUUCUCCCAUCAACUCAGCUUCACACGUUCUGUCAUCUAAAACCUCGUCUCUCCCAGGCUAUGGAAGAAACGGGCUCCACCGGCCUGUGUCUACAGACUUCGCUCAGUACAACAGCUACGGGGACGUCAGCGGGGGAGCGCGAGACUACCAGACCCUCCCGGAUGGCCACAUGCCUGGCAUGAGAAUGGACCGCGGCGUGUCUAUGCCCAACAUGUUGGAGCCAAAGAUAUUUCCCUAUGAAAUGCUCAUGGUGACCAACAGAGGGCGCAACAAAAUCCUGAGAGACGUGGACAGGACGCGGCUGGAGCGCCACCUCGCCCCGGAAGUGUUUCGGGAAAUCUUCGGGAUGUCCAUCCAGGAGUUUGACAAGUUACCUCUCUGGAGACGCAACGACAUGAAGAAAAGAGCAAAACUCUUCUGA